UCUAAAAAUAGCCUAAUAUCCCACAAUGCAUCUCGUUUCUUCAAAAAGAGGCGCGUCAAGAUGGCGGACACAGCUCUUGAAACGUCAGCAGAGGCUUUGAUGAGCUUGAGGAGUGCAGGGAAGGCUAAGCUUUCCCCGUCACCGGCCCCUAGUCCGAGUAAGGCGUCACCAUCUAGGACUACUCCAUCCGUGCCAAGGAGAGGGCAUCCCACGAGAAUCCGGAAGAAAAAUCGGAGGAUAUUCAACGAUGAUGAGGACACAUCCAUGUCUCCCAUUAGGGCUUCACCAACCAAAAAAAUCAAGAUGUCACCAUCUCAAAGAACACCCACAAAACUGAACAUAUCAAUCCCAACGCUCGUAUCCCCGCCCCGUCCUAGUGCUUCCAAGUCCCCUGCCCAUAAUCCCACCCCCUCUCCGAUGCCGUCCAAGCCGUCUUCAUCCGCCAGCACUGCAGCAGGGGGAAGCGGCCAUGUGUCUUACAAGAAGUCCGCCCAGAAGCUGGGACAGCGCCUCAAGAACCUACUGAAAUUGCCCAAGGCGUACAAGUGGUGCAUCUACGAAUGGUUCUACUCAAACAUUGACAAAUCAUUAUUUGAAGGGGAAAACGACUUCAAGAUUUGCCUGAGGGAAUCCUUCCCGCAGCUGAAGCAACGUAAAUUGACCAAAGUGGAAUGGUGUAUAAUCCGCAGGUUGAUGGGCAAGCCUAGAAGAUGUUCGCCAGCAUUCUUUGAGGAGGAGAGGGCAGCCCUGGAAGAAAGAAGACAAAAGGUCAGGAUGUUACAACACAGGAAAGGUCAAGAACUUGACCUCUCAGAGGUCAAAGAUCUCCCGGACGAGAUCCCAAUACCCCUGUGUAUUGGCACAAAGGUUACAGCUCGUUUGAGAACGCCCCACGACGGUCUGUUCACAGGCCAGAUAGAUGCGCUAGAUCCUGUAGAGGCUACCUACAGAAUAACGUUUGACAGACCUAACUUUGGAACGCAUUCUGUUCCGGACACUGAAGUACUUAGUACUGAAGAACAAGAAACUGUAUCGUUGACAUCCUUCCUACAAAAACAAAGACCGAGACCAAAUUAUUUCACACCUCUUAGACCUGGUCUUGAUGUACUGUUAUCGCCUAGUCUGGACCACGACCCUAUGCUAGGACUGUCUCCACUGAGGGGGAAACUGCAAGGCGGAGAGGAGCAGAUGUUAGGGGGAUUCCCCGUCUCGUUUCUUAUACAUGUGACAAAGCUAUCUAAGAUCCUUGGAUACAAAAAGGAUCUUGUUCAACAGAUGAAGGAAAUGAACACAGAAGCAGAAAGAUUGAAAUCUCUUGGUCAGUCGUACUCUGAAGACUUCCAGCAGAGGUACGCAAUCAACGUUCUUGAAGUGGAUAAACUGAACACAGAUCUCAACAAGUAUCUAAUGGGUGUACAAAAAUACUGUCAGGAGAUUGCUCCAGAGCAGGGCUUGCCACCGCUGGCCCAGCCGUCAGAGGAGAAGAUGCGAUGCGAGCAAGAAGCCACACAGAUGGUGAACGAUGCCAACCUGGUCCUGGGUGAUCGGUCCAUCAAGAGCCCACAACUCAAUGACCUUAUAGCUAGUCUUACAUCACUCAUGCUGCAGAUCAAAUCGUUAGCCAAAGGUGACAUGAAUUCUGUCGGAUACAGCUCUCUUAAUGAGUCUAUAGCGGAUCUCAAGAAGAAGAUACAUCCUAGCAAUCACAAGUGCUUUGAAGACAACGUUGAAGUGCAUAUAGCUCAUAUACAGAGUGGUAUGAGCCAGAUGGGGAACCUCCAUGCAUUCUCUGAGAGACACGUCUCUUACUGAAACACUGCAAGAACCGCUUCCAGAGAAGGGACAGUUCACCAUUCUUCUCUAUCAAGAGACUUGUCUCAGGGUUUCAGGAAUGGGAAACUUAUAUGCAUUCUUCAAGAGACAUUUGUGCGUACUGAAACACUGCAAGAACAGCUUCUGGAGAAGGGACAGGUCACCAGUCUUUCCCCCAUCAAGCGAAGUACCUGAGGGUUUCAGGAAUGGAGAACUAACACGUAUUCUCUGAGAGACACGUCUCGUACUGAAACACCGCAGGCACUGCUUCCAGGAGAGGGACAGUUCACCGUUCUUCCGCAUCAAGAGACUUGUCUCAGGGUUUCAGGAAUGAACAUUCGCAAUGAAAUGCUGCAUGGCUGAAUAGCCUUUUACAGAUACUUGGUUGCAAGGUUCACUCUGAUGGAGCAAUAUGAUUGAAGCGUAAUUUAGGCAGAUUUGCAGUCCACAAUUCUUCCCCUUCAAGCUUCGUGUGGCGCGUUUCAGGAACGGAACAUCCACAAUGAAACGCUGCAUGGAUGAAUAGCAUAUAUUGAGACCAUUGGUUUUAGCUUCAUUCUAUGUGCCAGAUAUUGAAUAAGAUGUUUAGUCGAGGCAGAUUCGUAGCCCCAACAAUGUUCGUGUCGCUGGUUUUGGACUGAACAUCUACAACAAAAUGCACAGGAAUGAAAAGCCUAUCCAGAGAGAGCCCACAAUUUGGAUGAAGGCUGAUUGGCGCAGAGAGAUUGAUGCGAUUUGUACCGUGAUUCAAAUUCAUCCGAGUGCUCCUGGAGAAGCAGUGCAUUUCAAGCUAAAGCUGCGGUAAUAAUAGUUGCACUUUUUAUCCUCUGGAAGUCGCGCCAUAUUAAUCCAGCUUUUAUUCUUUCCCUGUGUUUGUGCGAGAGGAAACAAGUAUGAGCAGAUUUUAAACCUCAGUGACCUUCAGGGCCCCAUCUUACAAAGAGAUACGAUUGAUCCGAUCAACCACAAGUAUGGAAAGCCAGCAAUGUCAACAUAUAAAAUGUGUUCAAAAUAUUUUCUACAUGAUGUUUAUUCAUACAUUCAUAGUUUUCUUGAAAAUUCAGUGUACUUUUCUUUGUUUACAAAGGACGUUGUGUUAACUUUCUGAAGAAAAUAUGUUGAUGGAUUUCCAUAUACUCAAAAUUGAUCGGAUCAAUAGCAACUCUUUGUAAGACGGACCCCUGAAAUGCAUGAAUGACAAUCGAUUUACUGUUGUCAAUAUCGAAUCCUUAGAGAGGUGGGCACAUGUCUGUCCUUUGGGUUGCAGUCAAGUUAUAGUGGAUUAACAAUACGAUUGUCAAAAUAUGCAAGGGUUCACACUUCUAGCUCAGGGCAAACUCUAAUGCAAGUUUGAAGAAGAGAAUAUAAACUAGCGUCACAAGGAGAAUACUACUGUAGCUGUUUGUAGAGUUUGAUUACAGCAUGCCAUCUUGUUGGCAUGCUGUAGUAUUGCAUAUUUUACAUUCUUCAUUUAUCUCUUUUUUGUUUACAAGUGAAGGUCAAUUUCCUUGUUGCCACAUUUUUUUUUUUACUUCAAAUUUUUGUUUGUAAGAGGUUUGGUCAAAUAUUUAUUGCUGCUAACUUGAAUAAAGGGAACCAUACCAGCCAAGUCUCCUUGAAAAAUUUAAUGAUCAAACUUCAAUGCUCCCUCAUUUUAAUGCAAUGUAAUAAAGAUACUUCUCAAUUUUAAAAAAUUGUCCUAAAAAGUGAUUAUUUAGCAGAUAUGUCAAUUCAAGGGGGAUGCUGCCUUUGCAAUAACUGAUAUUAAUAGCCAUUUACAUGUAUGAGAGACAGAAGACAAGUUUGUAGAUCUGUGGUCACUUAGGGAGGGUUUCAUGAAAAAUUUACCAGUGAUUUUCAGGGACUAAGUUGCUCUCAGCCAAUCAGAUGCAAGGAUUUGAGUAGCUUGUAACAUCUAUUGCCAAAAAUCAUUGAUCAAACUUUUCGUGAAACACUCUCCUUGGAUUCUUAGCAAGCCAUGUCGAGUAUACACAAACCUUUAUUUUAUGUGCUUUAUACCUUGGUCACAUUUGCUCUACAGCGGCUGUACGGCGAGUCGAAAACAGUUGUUUUAUUCAUUUUUAUUGAAACCACCUAUAUUUAGCUGGUACAAAAAAUGUUAUAACGACUGUUUUCGACUCACCAUACGGCCACGAUAGAACAAAUGUGACAGAGGUAUUAAUCAGUAGUGUACCAGGACCUCAUAACACAAACCUACACACCUGAUACUCAACUGAUUUUUGAAAUUCAUUACAUGCAAUCAAUUGUACAAACCAACUUUACGAUUAAAUUUUGUGUUAUGGGGCCCAUUGUGAAAGGAAAAUAAGGAUGGAAUGGGGACAAUAAAAUUACAGUAGAUUUGCCCCGACUGUAAGAUAAGUUGUACUUGUAUAUAAGAGAUUAUAUAUUUAUUAUACAAAUGAUCAUAUUGAUGCGUUGUUACCGACAAAUUGAAAGGAUGUGGUGGUGAAGUGAUUACAGAAACGGGUUCAGUCAGUCUGACUUUUGAUUAAAUGAUAACGUGCACCAUUUAGGUUGAAAAUAUAUAUCAUUCUUAGGGGGUUGUUGGAAGAAAAUAUUUGCAAUCAAUUACUAAUUUCUGUUGCUAUUUUACUAUUGAUAGAUUAAUUUUAGCUCAAGCAAUUUGGUUUAUACUCCUUGUUGCUGGAGGCAGAUUUGUAAUCAACUGCAAAUUUGAAAUCAAUUGCAUGAGACAUGAUUGACUUUGGAAACCUCAUUGGAUUUGCCAGUCAUAUUUUUUGUGCAGCCCCAUUAUAAUCAAGACUAUAAUGGCUUGACUCAUGAUUUCUAUUAUAAUUAAUUGCAAUGUAUUCUUUUACAAGUAGCUCACUGUAUAGAGCUGGUAUGUUUCUUUUAUAAAGUUGGAAGGGUGAUCAAAUGAGAAAAGAAUGGAAGAGUGGGGGAGAUAGACAGAGAAGGGGAGAGAGAGAGAGAGAGGAGGAGGAAUAAAGACAGAAUCAGAAAGAGAGAAUCAGAAACAGAGAGAGGGGGAGAGAGAGAUGUCAUCUCUGUUAGCAAUACCUUUCCUAUUUUGUAAAGGGAAAGGAGAAAAGAGCAAUAUCGAUCUGGGGCCCGUUGCAUACAAAUUAUGUUAACUUUACCAUCCGGUGGUUUUAACUUCCAUGGUAACGAUUAUCAACCAAUCAGAAUCAAGGAUUUCAGGGAAGUUACCAUUGGAUGGCGAAGUUACCAUAAUAGUAACUUUUAUGCAGCGGACCCCAAUUGCUGCUCAGUGUCUGCCGGGCCCACAGACGAAUGGGCAAUGUGUCUUUCUUGAGGAUUUUGAUUUCUGGUCUCCAUUUUAAACAAUGAAAAUAUGGAAUAUAACUGUUAUGAAAAGGGCCCUUGAAAAGAUAUUCUCAUUCAUUAAGUAGAACAACACUCUUGGAAAUACAUUCAUUGGGAUGGCGUUAUUAGUAUUUUUAAUCUGUUUCCGAGUUUACUUUGUAAUGAAAACUCUAUUUUUUUCAGUAUCCAUCUGAAUUAUUUAAGUUCAAAAUUCACAAUUUUCACUGCUUUUGUUUUGCUAUUUGUAAUUUGCAGAACUCUAUUAAUACCAUCCUUGAUGGAAUGUACAUUGUGUAAAUAUGCAAUUGAGUUUCUUACAAAAUAAAUCUACUAUUGAAAGCUA